AUGCUUGACAGACUACCCCCUGAGGUUCUGCUCAUAGCACUGGAACCGGCUGACUUAUCACAGUACAUAACCCGCCAUGAUCUCAACAACAUAUGCCGUGUUUCCAAGCACCUCUACGCUAUUGCAGUUCCACUUCUGUACAAGUCUGUAAUUUUAACAUCCGAUAGACCUGGAAUCAGCGAGACAUGGCACCAUGUUGACUCCCUACUCCGAGCACCUGUCUUCCCAGUUGGCUUACUAGUGCACAUGAGAGAUAUCGAGAUUCAGGAAAACCGUUCCUGGCACGGUGAUGGGUGUUUACACAACUAUACAUGGAGAUUCAUGCCGAUUAACAACGAAUUGGUCCAUGACAAUCAGGACUAUUACAAGGAAGCUAGAAUAAAAAGGGAUGAAAUACGCUAUCUGUCUUCCAAGUUAUUGCAUGUGUUUUCAAGAUGUCCGGCGGAUAGGCUCCAAAGAUUUAGCUGGAACAUUCGCACAUGCUUACCUAGCGAAAUUCUCGGUGACUCUGGAUAUCUUAUACUGAAUCAGCGCAAGCUUGUAGCUAUUCAUCUAAGAACAGGUAGCUUUUGUGCCGCUGGCGGCAGUGAUAUCUUGCUAUCAAAAUUUGCAUGUUUAAGAAGCAUCUCAUGGCUUGACCUAUGUUAUGAACAUCAUGUUCGUGAACUGUGUCUAGCACUAAAGUCGAAUGCGUUCCACCUUACUCAAAUGAACUUGGGAGUCACGGAUACAUCUGGUGAUGAAGUAACGCAAUCCAUAAAAUCAAUGCUUGCCAAAGAGAUCUUGGACAUGCAUAAUUGGAGAACAGCCUUUCGAUUUCCCGUUCUUCAAGAUCUCUCAUUUUAUUACAUGGAUCUGACACCGAUAUCCCACGUGCUUUCAUCUAUAUUCAACGUCACCUCACUUCUAUCCUUGAGUCUGCGUCUAUGCAAAUCCUGGGAGUAUGCCUUAUUCAACUUUCUCAAUUCUGGAUCCAGGAUCGCCUUGAAGACUUUGACGCUAGAGACACAUUUGAGACGAGCUGAAGAAGAUAGUUUCCUUGCAAUACCAGCCUUCCUUAAAUCAUUCGAGGGGCUAGAAGAGUUGUACAUUUCGGUCCCUUUUUUUGAAAGCCCAGUUCCUCUGUGGCGUUCUGUCCUUACUCACAAGAAAACAUUAAGAAAACUCGUAUGCCAGCAAUUACACAUUGACGGAUGCCUUUACGAAGAACAUGGUCUGUACUUGGGUGCAACCGGUUUUCUUGAGCAAUUGAAGGGUGCUGACCGAAACCCAUCCAUUGGUCCCAAUCUUGUGUUUUUGGGCAAAUCCAGCAAGGAUUUUAACACCUUGAAGUCUAUUCUGACCUCGCCAGGUCUCAAAGCAAAUAUUCGUGUUCUCCAUCUGAGGCGGUGCGAAGGAUUUUACGAUCAGUCAUGCUCGAUGACCCCCGACUGUGGGGAUGAUAUCAGCAAUAAGAACCUGCCAUCGUUUCGUCGAUUCCUGACAUGGGCCUUUGGAUCCAAAGGCCCCCCUGAACUUCAAGCGGUGGGGCAUUACGCCUUCGUAUCCAUGCAGCCCCGCGAUGUGUUCUACUUUAGAGAUGCACAGUACGAGGAUGGAUAUCGUUGCGUUAUUCGGCGCCGCAGCAAACGAUUCGAUUUAUUUCGGCAGUAUCGUUAUGCUUUAGAUGCAUGUCGGCACGAUGAUAGCUUAUGGAUUGACGGACCGUUGGACUGA